AUGACUACUCCCACUAUCAAGCUCAGCAGUGGCUAUGACAUGCCCAUCGUGGGCUUUGGCCUCUGGAAGGUGAACAACGACACCUGCGCUGACCAGGUCUACGAGGCCAUCAAGGCUGGAUACCGUCUGUUUGACGGCGCUUGCGACUACGGCAACGAAGUCGAAGCUGGACAGGGAGUCGCCCGCGCCAUUAAGGAGGGCAUUGUCAGGCGCGAGGACCUCUUCAUUGUCUCCAAGUUGUGGAACAGCUUCCACGAUGGCGACCGCGUCGAGCCCAUUGCCCGCAAGCAGCUCGCCGACUGGGGCGUCGACUACUUCGACCUGUACAUCGUGCACUUCCCUAUUUCCCUGAAAUACGUCGACCCCUCCGUGCGCUACCCGCCCAGCUGGAACUCCGAAGCCGGCAAGGUCGAGCUCGGCAACGCCACGAUCCAGGAGACGUGGACUGCGAUGGAGUCGCUGGUCGACAAGUCGCUCGCCCGCAGCAUCGGUAUCAGUAACUUCAGCGCCCAGCUGCUCAUGGACCUCCUGCGCUAUGCGCGCGUCCGCCCCGCGACUCUGCAGAUCGAACACCACCCCUACCUCACCCAGACUCGCCUGGUUGACUAUGCUCAGCGCGAGGGCAUUGCCAUCACCGCUUACUCUUCUUUCGGUCCCCUGAGCUUCCUCGAGCUGCAGGUCACCAAGGCUGAGAACACGCCGCCUCUGUUCGAGCACGAGACCAUCAAGAGCAUUGCUGCGAAGCACGGCAAGACCCCUGCCCAGGUUCUUCUGCGGUGGGCUACGCAGCGCAACAUUGCUGUCAUCCCCAAGAGCAACAACCCCGCGCGUCUAGCGCAAAACCUCGAUGUCGUUGGCUUUGACCUCGAGUCGACUGAGAUCGAGGCUAUCAGCGCUCUGGACAAGGGUCUGCGCUUCAAUGAUCCUCACAACUACGAUCUGCCCGUCACCAUCUUCUAA